AGUAUUUUGUCAGUGAAUUUGUCAAAUUAUCUAACUAAUGGCUACAUAACUUUAUAAUUUAAUUAGUAAAGUUAAUUUAUAUUCAAUAUAUAUUCGGGUAAACGUUAAUGUUCUCGCAUUUAGUAAUACUUGGGUAAAGGUCUUAUUUCGGUGGAAAUGGCCGCUGCGUAAACGCAUUUCGCAAAGGCUGUUGAGGUUGAGUGCAGUGCUUGUACGAAGAUCGAUUGUGACACACGCAGGAAAAGUGCAUUAGUGAUAAAUGGAUAAAGGAUACUCGACAGAUAUUCAUUGAGUGAUAACAUAUAUAAAUCAUCAAAAUGGGGCAAAACGAGAAAAAAGGCACGAUUUACAUGGACAAUUUCAAUUCAACAGCGAACCUUGCAUCAAACCCAGGCUUUCAAUCCACACUAAGUUUGGGUUCCAAGGAGGUCAUUAACGAAAAGGCUUAUGUUCCAUUCCAGCACAGAAAAGUUCAACAUCCUAAUUCUACACUAGGUUCUCUGGUGCAUCUCCUCAAGUCAUCUCUGGGCUCUGGAAUCCUGGCAAUGCCUGCAGCGUUCAGGAAUGCUGGUCUGGCAGCAGGAGCAUUUGGUACUCUCAUUAUUGGAUUCAUCUGUACACACUGCAUUUAUAUAUUGGUAAAAACAUCACAAGAAGUAUGUGUAGAAGCAAAACAGCCUUCAAUGGGAUUUGCGGAGACAUGCGGCGCUGCUUUUAAAUUUGGACCAAAGAGGCUACGGCCUUGGGCAAACUUUUUUAGGACAUUCAUAGACUGGGCCCUGACGUGUACAUACUUGGCUGCUCUUUGUGUUUAUAUUGUGUUUAUUGCUGAGAAUUUUAAAGAGGUUCUAGAUGAGUACGUGCCAAGUUACAAGCUAUCCGUGGAAGCCUACUGUGCCUUGACUCUCGUGCCCUUAGUGCUGAUCUGCCAGAUAAGGAACCUCAAGUGGCUGGUUCCGUUCUCAGCUAUUGCCAACGUUCUACUCGUCAUCUGCUUCUCCAUCACCAUGUAUUAUAUCUUCACUGAUUUGCCAAGUCCCAAGGAAAGAGAAAUGGUUGCCGGUAUUGCUCAGUGGCCGCUCUUUAUUAGUACCGUCAUAUUUGCUAUGGAGGGUAUUGGAGUGGUGAUGCCUGUCGAAAAUGAAAUGGCCAAGCCAGAACAGUUUCUUGGCUGUCCAGGAGUACUAAACGUAGCCAUGACAAUAGUCAUAGCUCUCUAUGGAAUUGUUGGAUUCUUCGGUUAUAUGAAGUUCGGUGACGACGUCAGGGGAAGCGUUACUCUCAAUCUUCCACAAGAUGAAAUACUCGCACAAAGUGCUAAGAUCCUGAUGGCAUUGGCAAUACUCUUCACAUAUAGCUUGCAGUUUUACGUCCCAAUGGAGAUGAUUUGGAGACAGUUGCAUCGCAAGAUCGCAGUCCGUUAUCACAACAUCACUCAGAUCACAAUCAGAACGGUAGCUGUUAUUGGCUCAGUUGCUUUAGCUGCCGCUUUUCCCGACUUGGAGCUCUUCAUUAAUCUGUGCGGUGCCAUCUUCUUGUCCAGCCUGGGUCUUCUAACACCAGUUAUUGUUGAUACUGUUCACAAAUGGGACCGAGGCCUCGGAUUUUGUAAUUGGAUUUUAAUCAAGAACAUCUUUAUUGCAUUGAUAUCAUUGAUUGCUUUAUUUGCUGGCUCUUACACAUCGGUUAAAGGAAUGUUAUCUAAGUAUCAAGCACCACUGAAUAUUGCAAAUUUGACAAGUACAAACUUCAAUGAUACAUUGGUCUAACAGCCGUUCCCAAUAUUCAGUCUAUCUCCGGUUGUGGCCUACAUGAGAUAAAAAUUGUAGCUAUCGUUGACUUUUCUGUCCUAAUAAACUUAUCGACGGUAAUUCACCUUAUCCGUACACGCUGUCUGUCAAUGGAAGGACGUAUAGCUUACCAGCGAUAGAAGUUUGUAUAGAAAUUGCAAAUCACGCGGCCCAAUAUAAGGCGAUAAGAAUGAUUUAUCGGGUAUAUUGGGACAGCUUCAGAUUAUUGACAGCUAAUUACUGACAGUAGUAUAUUGGGAACGGCCGUAAGAGAAUAGAGGCUGUGCUAAACAGUGUAUAGAAAUGCAUGAAACAAGUUUAGAACUAGUUAGUGCGGAACUGCGUGAAAUACAAUGUAAGCUGUUCAUACAUAUUCUAACAUCAAGCAGGAAGUGAAACUAAUAGUUACUGUCUAAUAACUCAAAACGAGAUUAGAUCUAAGACAGGAAUAGUUUUAUUUUAUGAAUUACCUUCGAUACUAGAAGAAUUUACAUUCGCUUGCAUUCUUCAGAAUAAUUUAGGAUUAAGCAAGUAUUUAAUAGACUUACGGCCGUUCCCAAUUUUCAGUCUAUCUCUUACAUGAGAUAAAAAGUUUGUAUGAAAAUUGCAAUUCAAGCGUCCCAAUAUAAGGCGAUAAGAAUGUCUUAUCGGGUAUAUUGGGACAGCUUCAGAUUAUUGACAGCUAAUUAGUGACAGUAGAAGUUAGUAAUUUAAUUCUAUCUGUAGAUAGGAGCAUAUUGCGAACGGCCGUAACAAGAUAUGGACUAUGUUACAUAUGGUUCUUUUUAUCUUAAAGCAAUAUCGUAAACGAGCUUCGGAAAUGAAAUUAUGCUAAAAUCAUCAGCUAUUUUACGUACCCAUGUUACUUGCAAACUUCAUCAAUAUAAUUGUUUACUCGCUGAAUUUACUUUCUGUUAAUUGGCGCUUUAAUACUGCCAAAAGCUUACAAUCUUUAGUAUUUUUAAUAAAAAUUACAUUAAUACGUGCCAAUACAAUAAGACCUGAAAUAGAAGUUUCUCCUUACUUUGCUAAGUAUUUCUAUGCAUUGUAUAUAAUGAUUGAAUGGUGCUAAAUUGUACAACUGGUAUUGAAUGAUGAUGGUACUUAUAACCUAUCAGUAUAGGUUUCUUAGGCAAAGCAAAAUCAUUUUAGGUUCCCUUUAAGGUGUUGAAUAUCUAGUGACAUAAUUGGCAAAGGCAAGAAAUAAAAAAUAGCUUUAAUAUAAGUCUCAAUAAGAUUCGUUAAUAAAUCGUUUCCAUAUCAAUAGUGGACUUAUUAUACUUAGGACUUUUAAUGGAAAAGAGAGACAUUUAGACGUAUAAGAUAUACCCCCUUAUUCAUAAUAGUCUGCUAACUUAAAGCAUUGCCAAUUCUCACUCUGUCUUCUUCUAUUGACCUAAGUCAGAAUGAGAAAAAAACAGUCCUAAGCGGCUGUUUAAAGUUAGCGGACCAUUAUGAAUAAGGGGGAUAGAGUAUAAGACACAACUAACUAUGACAAUAAUAAUGACAGAAUUAUUUUCCAAUAUGAAUUUUAUGUACAUUGGCAAUAAUUAAUAAAAAAAAUAUCAAAACUAGAAGAAAGCUUCCCGUAUAUGCACCCUAGCCUUAAUUUUAAAUACAUUUAAACAUUGUGAAUACACCCAAUUUCUUUUGAGUCAGCCGAUAUUCACGGAACUACCCCGCUGUACUAUUCACUUUUCUCAACUUCGUUCAAUUUCCCGAGCAGUAUAUAGGUCAGGUAAAAAAAUUAAACAUAACUUCUUUGAUCGAAACCUUCAAUAAGGCAUAUGCAUAAUAAUUUAUGCUAAUAAUAAUUUUACAAAUGAGACAUAACAUCAUGGGCAUGGCGUAUUAAUUACCAUCAGCUAAACGUCCUGCUCGUCUUGUCCCUUAUUUUCAUUAAAAAACAAGGUUAAGUGUUAAAGAGUUUAUAAAUCGGAACACUGGAAGACCCUGUGUAACAUAUAAAAAAAUACGUGAAAAAUGUCUUAUAAGUUUGAGUUUGCUUUGACUUUACAUCUUUGCUUGUUAACACUUCGUUUAACUUAAGGCUUCCAUGAUAUUAUCAGUUUAAUCUUCGAUAUUUCCUCAACUUCUUCAAUUUCCAAAGUUUGUUCAUAUAAUGUAAGCGAACACUCUCAAGUGCUUAGAUGCAUGGAUGAGACGCCGCUGGAAGAUAUUCUGAAAUAUGGGAGAAAUGAUAAUAUUUGUAUGAUGUCAUAAUAAUAGUAAGUUAGUAACACUGGCCUGGAUAAAUACCACUGGACAGGCUGUUCUAUAUGUUUGACAGUAAAUUUUUUGUGCCUAUUUGAAGUGUCACUCGCGAACGUCCAGAGAACUAAUUUUGAGGUAUAAUAUAGAUGGCUGCUAAGUGACGUAAAAUACUCUGAACAAUUUUUGCAAAUUGAAUUAAUUUCCUCCGUUUUCCGUAUUAUAUAUACUUUAAGAAUCAACGUUAUAAAGUACACUUUGUUAUGUAAAUACUUUUCCACCAUCUAUCGAUGUUUGCUGAGGUUGUCAUUACUAGUUUUAGUACAGCAGACUAGCUAGAUGGCCAACAGCUCCAAAAUGGCGAAUAUCAAACAGGUACACUUUGACAGCCGCCAGUUUAGUGGUAUAUAGUUGAGGUCAGUGGUUAGUAAUAUGUUGUGAGUCUCUUGUGAUAUGUUGACAUAAAAGUGUAUGAUAAUAAUUCGUUAUAAUAAAGUACAAAAAUGAUUAAAUUAUAUUUCGGACUAUAAAUACUAUUUGAGUUUGUGUACAUAAUAUUAAAUAUAUACUCAAAUAA